CAUGGCCGACUUGGAGGAAGAAAGAUGUAGAAGCGUUAAAGCAGAGAACCUUUGCAAGAACAAGUUAGGGCAAAGGUCCGGGCCAAACAUCGCAGCAACUAAGCAAGGAGAGGAAAAACAAGAAUCUGUGAACAGGCAAAAGGCAGCUGGAAACAUGACGACCACGGAAUACUGCGUAAAGUUGCAGGAGUGGAUGUGGCAAUACUACAGUGGGUAUGUGAACUGGCAGGGCUGGAUGACGACGUCUACGUAUCCUUACUAUCCACCGCAGACAGGGAGUGAAGCCCCUACAGUGCCUUUUUGGGGAACGGGUCAGUCAUCUUCAGAUAUUCGCAGUUGGUACAACAACCAGUUUAAUUUCCCUGUACCGUCCUAUUUCGCGACGAGUCCUAACCCCGGUGGUCAAACUGGAGAAGUGACGGCUGGAACCACUCCCGUGUCCACCGAAAGGCCUGUGCCACAGCAGCAACAAAAUGGAAAUGUGCAACAAGCAGGUCGGGAAUACAUGAUCCCUUCUCCCCUACAGAGAUUCCUUGCUGAAAUGCUAGAUUUCUUCAUCCUUUUCUUCAUCAAAGCAACUAUAAUACUGAGCAUUAUGCACUUGAGUGGAAUGAAAGAUAUUUCCAAAUUUGCCAUGCAUUUUAUUGUGGAAGAAAUAGAUGAGGACACUUCUAUGGAAGAGCUACAGAAAAUGAUGCUGGUGGCUCUGGUUUACAGGAUACUGGUCUGCUUCUAUGAGAUCAUCUGUAUCUGGGGAGCUGGGGGAGCUACUCCAGGGAAGUUCCUCCUUGGUCUUCGGGUGGUCACAUGUGACACCUCAGUCUUGGUCCGUCCCAACCGGGUCCUGGUGGUACCUGCAUCCAAUGUCACCCUCUCUGCAUCAACGGUUCGGGCCCUCAACAAGAAUUUCUCCAUUGCCUUCUUCUUCCCAGCCUUCAUCACCCUCCUCUUUUUCCAGCACAACAGGACCGUGUAUGACAUCGUAGCUGGCACCAUUGUGGUGAAGCGAAACAGACUGAGAUGACCAUGUAUACCAGCACAGGGUUUUGGCUCAGGCCUUGGGGUGGGUAGCUUGGACCGUGAGGUCCCCAAUCUGCUUCAAAAUGCUGGGAUAUUUGGGCAGGAGCAGCACAACCCAGACAUCUCCAGGAAUCUCUGAGGGACUGGCACCAUGGGGAAAGGGUGUAGGAGAGUGAGGUAGAAACAACUUGCAACAGAGAAUAUUUAUUGGUAGGGAGACUGCACAUGCUGCGUUCUUUCUUGGACACACUAAAAGUGACUUUAGGUCACUGUUUAAGUUGUUCAACCUCAUGGAACUUCAGGUUCAGUUAAGGCAGGGACAAAACCUUUGUGUCAGUUGUUGAGUUCAUCUUGGCCGCAGAGUCAGUGGAGUGCUCAACUUCAUUAAAAAAAACAAAAAAAAAAACAAAAAAAAAAUUGUCUUCAUGAAAAUAUUUCUAUACAAGAUUACAAUAAAAUGUAUUUGAAUGCUAAUUGAUGGAAAAGCACCUGGCAGAAUAACAACCCGACAAAGCUGAAAUUGGUAGGUAGACCUGUAUGAAGGAUCAGUUUCUUUGUUAAUGCACUUUGAGUUUAACUCCUACACAGCAAACUGCUAUUGUUGUCAUUGAGAGAGACUUGCUAAUACACAAGAUUAGAAAAAUAUUAUUCAUUCGUUACUUAAAUCACAGUUUACUUUAUUGGAUCUGUUUGUUUUGUUAUAAGCCAAAUGAGUGCAUUGAGGAUAAAUAUUAUCAUAUUAACAACUUCCCGUUUGCCUCCUGCCUUUUAUACUGACUGAUUAACCGACAGUGGAUAAAUCUCUGGCAUGAUUAGACUCUUUAAGCACCAUUUUUACUCCUGAAUUCAAGCCCUGCCUUUCAUCCAAACCGUGAGAACACUGCCUUUUAAAUCCCCUGUGUUAACUAUGAUACUGCUAAAAAUAAGAUGAAAAUGCCUUUCAUUCAGUGUUCUUGCCAAGCACAGGAAUGGCUUCCCUCGCUCCUUAUCUACCGUCUCUGGAGUCACUUUGACUUUCUUACACGUACUACAACAUUUCCUGUGAAUGCACCUAGUUGGGGUUGCUGUCCUCUCUGGUUGCUAAGCAAUACUUGACCUUUGAACCUCGUGCGGCCUUUGUUAUUUAUCAGACAUAAGGCCCACCGUUUUGUUGUCAGCAUUUCACAUACCUUAGCAGGGCAGGGGAGACCACAAGCUGGAGUAUUAUUCUUGCAGCCGCAGCAGCAACGUCUUUGUGCCUCUGACAGAUUAAAUGUGGAGUUUGGAGACCAAGGGUUCAUGAACCCUAAAAUAGCUGGUGCUUUCGCUUGCUGUCAGUCAGAUUUUGUGAAACGUGGUCAUGGCAUCGGCAGGAAGUAAGAUUUGCCACAGUUGCAGAACUUAUCAGUCAAGUUAAUUUAUGCUUCCUGUGUUUCGUGCAGCUAAAUGCCAGUCAAUAUCCACUCAGUCAGUAUCUCUCCAGUUGUUGAUCUGUAGAUGAAGUGGUCAUGAAAACUGUUUGUGACCCUUUGAGAUGGCCAAAUAUUUUUCUUUAUGUCCAAUCCAAUUCAAAAAUAUGCUCUGUCCAUGGACUGUCAUGGAAAGGUUGGGGGCCUGCAGCACAUGCUGUAGUCUGGAGCUCCACUGGCUUAACACCUCAUCACUCUUAUGCAGACUGUAAAAUCACAAAUUGGAGCUCUGCAUCCCUAUUGAUUAAUGAUUAUUUAUUAUACUUUGGUGAUUUUGCUUCUGGAUUCAUCUUCCCUGUGCAGUAUUGUUUUCAUCAGGACAAUUUGAUGUAAAGUUUGGCUAUAACAAUAUGUACAUAUUUUUGAUUGUUCAAUUCUAAAGAUAAACAUUUAUAAAACAAUUUUGAUACUUGUGCAACAUUACUAUUCUAUCUACGCAUGAUACCUUCACAGUUUCUAUUUACUACAACUAAUUCCACCCUUUGUGGCAUGAGUGAUACCUGGGUGAGCCAACAUACUUAUUUGGUCUUUUAGCACAUGCUGUGUUCUUAGUAAAUCAGUGUUUCUUUUUAUUUUUUUAAACUUAAGGACUAAAUAGCACCAUGAAUUUAGUUUCACUAUGCACAUGCUGUUUAAUGAAUGUCGAAAAUUGAAAAGGUGUAUAUUUUGACUACAUGAUUUUUGUCAUAAAAAGCAAGGAUAUCCAUGUAGGAUGUUUAUUUAUAGAAAAAAAGGAUAUUAUAUUGUCAUCUACUACUUUCAUAUUCUGCUGUUCUUACCUUUUGUCUUAUGUAAGUGUGAUACUUAUCUAAUUUUGUUUAUCUAUCUAAAUUCUGACUUUGCACUGUUCAUUUUCUGUCUUGGUUGCCAUACUUUUUAUGAACUUGCAAGAAAUCUUUAGACAAAGCUCUGAAACCUUGAUGCUGAAAGACCAAGUUUCUACAAUGUAACCUUACAUUUUUAAAGUAGUGUCCAUUGUAAUUGAGAGGUCAAUUAAGUCAAUUUACUUUUGAAAAAUAAAUGUUAUUUUAUGUUGCAUUACAGCACUGUCAUUUUCAAAAAUUAAAAUGGAACAUAUUGACUUCUUUA